AUGUCGUCCAUGUCGAGCAUUCCGCACGAGGAGCUCCCCAUCCUUGAGGCGCUUAUCAACAUCCGAAACAGGCUCACAGCAUUGAAGAAGGACAGCUCCGAGUUCAUUCGAUCCCAGGAUGUCCAGCAGCUAUAUCAGCAAGUCAUCAAGCAGGUGACCAAGCUCAAUGCUGUACGAGACGAGCAGCAGGCCAACGCUCAGGACGCUGCCGCUGCCAGCUCUUCUUCGGACCAAGUCGAGCAAGCCGAUCAGACUGCGGCCGGCGGUUCCGACGACUCGCCCGUGCUUCAGCAGAACCGGGUCGAUACCACCCUUAACGACGUCUUCUCCCUGCUCAGUCUCUUCUUCCUCACCAUCGGGCGCAGUCGAGAAAGCCCAGCGACGUUUUCUCAACUCGGCUGUAUGAAGCAAUUGCUGGAUCAUCUGCAAGAGUCCGGCAUCUACACUGAGGCCGACCUUCAACCAUUUGGCGCACGUCUCUCCGAGCUCCGAGAGAUCAUUCGCAAGGACGGCGAAGGCGGACGUCAUCCUCCGCAGCUUACCAAGCUCAUGACGCGCAAACUCGAGGUGUGCGGGACGAUGCUCCGCAAGCUCGAGAGCACGCUCAAGGUGCUUUCCGUCGAGCUCGUGCCUAUCCAUCAGAAGAUCAUUUCCAUUCGUCGACAACUCGCCGCGGCAGCAGCCAAGCCCAAGCCGGCACGUGCGGAGAUCAAGCAGCUGCAGGAAGAGCUUCGAAAGAUUGAUGCGAAGCGUGUCGAUGGCAAGUUCUUGGGUCCAGGCGGUAGCUCGGUGCCAGCCGGUCAAGCCAUUCUCGUUGGUUUGCUGGAGGAGUGCUUCGAGAUCUGCCACGACAUGACGGUGCGCAACGACGAAGUCCCCAUGACGCUGCAGCCGAUCUACGACCGACUCGUCGAGAUCAAGUCGCAGCUCGAGCACCUCGUAUUGACGCAUCGAUGGACGCUGCGCGAGACCGACCUCUGGAACUACCAGGUGACGCUCAAGGAGAUCGAUCGAUUGCGAGUCAAUGGCAAGUUUGUCGAUUCCGAGGGCAAGCAGCCCGAAGGCCAGCUGGUGCUUCUGUACCUGCUGCGACGAUGUUACGGUCUCAUUUACCGACUGGUGGCGUCGUCCGAGCCCAUCUCGGAAGAGCUCAUGCCCAUCAGCAACAAGCUAUCCACCGUGUCCAAGUGCCUCAAGGAGGUGUCCAAGUACGGCGGUCCUUUCACCAUGCGCGAUUUGUACCCGUACCGAUUGGCACUGCACCAGAUCGACAACAUGCGGAGCAAGGUGCUCGACAAGGACGGCAACGACACGGGGGUGCGCAAGUGGCUCGGACGCGAUGGCAGUGUGCCAGAGGGCCAAGCGAUCCUGCGUGCUCAGUACGAGGAGGUAGAACAGACCAUUGAGGAGAUGCUCAAUCGCGAGGACGACGAUGAUGACGACGAGGAGGAGGAUGUCUGGGAUGGCGACACGGCAUCGAGCGCAAGUGUGUCGGGAUGCGAAUCUGCCGCGUCGGACAGCGAGGACGACGCGGAUGCGGGGGGUGCAUCGGCGGACAUGGUUCGACAGGCAUUGCUGGCACGGGGAGGACCGAUGAUCGGUAUGGCCUCGCCGGACCAGCCAGCGACGAGGCCUAACUCGGCGGCGCCUUCGCGACAUCCAAGCACGACGUCGAGCAUCGCAGGGCGUGAGAGUGGUGGAUUCGGCAGCGGAUUCCAAUCGAUGACGCCGCUUCCGACACCGACGACCACGACGCCCUCGGUUCCCAUGGGCGGUCACGGCAGCAUCUCCAGCUCGAGCGCUUCCACCUUGCGUGCUGUGCCCGUGCCCGAAGCGGCCGACGCUAUCGCGGCCGAGGCGCCAUACCCCGACAGUAUGGCCGUGCCGACCACCACAACUGCCUUUUCGGUCCCAAUGUCCGCCUCGCCCUCGACGGUCGCCAACUCUGAAGCGGACUCGACGGCAGCAUCUGUAGCCUCUUCCGCCGUGCUGGCUGGCGGCCCAUCGCCUACUGCCUCGCAGAUCCGCUCCCAAAAGAUCGGCCGCGACUUCCGCGACGGCGUGGGCGAUCUGACGGGGCUCAGCUCGCGCUCGCCUCCCACCAAUGCUGCUGAUGGCAAGAUGGCCUCCCUCAGCGCUAUGAUGCAGGCCAGCUCGACACCGCCCUUGAACAGUCUCUCUCCCGUCCAGCUGCAGUCGCAGCCAUCGCAGGAGCUGUCAGCCGAGGCGGUGGAACGUCUGCCUGCGGGCGCUGCACCCCUCGCCAUUCCUGCGCCGGGCAUUCUGGAGGAGCAGAAGCGAUCAGGACCGGGGAUGGGCACGCAGAUCGAUGCGCUGGCUCAAGGAUUCCAGGGCAGCUCGAUCAACGAUGUCUUGUCGAGCUCGCUGGAUGCUAGCAACAGCAACAGCAACGCAUAG